AUGGAGUACAUUGCAGCUAUUAAUGAAGCAGGUGAAUGGUGUUUUGGGGAAUUUUUAAGGAAGUUAUUUGCGAUCCUUCUGCAUACAAAGAGUUUAACUGGUCCUCUUGAAGUUUGGAAUAAAACGAAAGACAUCUUGUGUGAGGAUAUUUUGUUUAAAGAAAGGAGAAACAUGAACGAUCCAGGUCUAAUGUUGUCACGGACUCAGAUAGAAAAUAUAUGUUUAACUGAAAUAGAACUUAUGUUAAGAUCGAAUGGGACGUCUCUUACGGCCUUCGAGAAUAUGCCUAAACCAGAUGAUAGUAUAAUGAACACAGGAGUAAAUAGGCUUAUCGCAGAUGAGAGAAUAUAUAAGCCUCAAAAACAACAUGAAUUGUACGAUAAGUUGUUACCUAUGCUAACUGAUGAGCAGAGACGUGUGUAUGAAGAAAUUAUACACUCUGUGAAUCACAACCAAGGUGGAAUGUUUUUUGUCCAUGGUUUUGGUGGUACUGGAAAAACUUUUAUGUGGACUAUUCUUGGUGUUGAUAUAAGGUCUAAAGAUGUCGAAUCUGAUCUUGCUGAUUUAAUUAGAGAAGCAAAGCUCAUAAUAUGGGAUGAGACUCCAAUGAUGAACAAGCUUUGUUACGAAACUUUAGAUAGGAGUUUGCGAGAUAUCAUGAGGUGUGACCAGAUUUUUGGAGGUAAAGUUGUUGUGUUAGGAGGUGAUUUUAGACAGAUUUUACCACUUAUUACGGAAGGAGGAAGGGUAGCGAUAGUUAUAGCAUCUAUCAACUCAUAUGUUCUUUGGAAUAGUUGUAAAGUUCUUAAACUUACCGAAAAUUUGAGACUUCGCAAGGCAUGUAAUAGUAUGGAUGCGGGUGCUCUUGCUACUUUUUCUAAGUGGCUUCUUGAUAUCGGGGAUAGCAAAAUUAACGAGACAGAUAAUGGGGAUGUGGAGAUAGAAAUCCCGGAUGAUUUAUUAAUUAAUACAAGUGAAAAUCCUAUUGAAGCAAUAGUUAAAGAAAUCUACGGAGAGCAUUUUACAAGGAGGACUGAUCCAAAUUUCUUUAGUGAAAGAGCUAUUCAAAAGUCCAAGAAAUGA